CCAGCUGCCAACAUACAAAACACAAACAUGGCAGCCUCCUCGUCAGGAUACAGUAAAAUGCGCUUUAGUCUGAAAAUAUACGAUAAUAAAUUACAAAGUUUGUGUCAUAUUGAUACUUUUAAUAAUAUUAUAAGGAGAAUAUGGACUUCUGGAUCAAAAAAUCAAAUUCAGCCCAAAGUAAAGACUAGAAGCCUUCCUCAGAUGGUUGGUGUUGUUGGUCUGGAAGUCCAUGCUCAGAUUCAAUCCAGAUCAAAGCUGUUCUCUGGAUCUCAUGUUAAAUUCAUGGCUCCACCAAACUCCCUUGUCUCACAUUUUGAUGCAUCACUACCAGGAACACUGCCUGUGCUGAACAGAAGAUGUGUCGAGGCUGCUGUAAUGACAGGUGUCGCGCUCAACUGUACCAUCAACAGAAAGUCGCUGUUUGACAGGAAACACUAUUUUUAUGCGGACAUGCCUGCUGGAUAUCAGAUCACUCAGCAAAGGCUGCCCAUAGCAGUGGAUGGCACCCUGGUCUAUAGUCACUUUGAAGGUCGCAAAAGAAACCAAGUGCUCACCAGGAGCGUGAGAAUUAAACAGAUCCAACUAGAGCAAGAUAGUGGAAAGAGUCUUCAUGAUGAUGAACGGAGUCAGACGCUAAUAGAUCUGAACAGAGCAGGUGUGGGUCUCAUGGAGUUGGUGAUGGAGCCAGAUAUGUGUUGUGGAGAGGAGGCAGCUGCUGCCAUCAGAGAGCUCCAGCUUAUCCUACAGGCUCUUGGCACUUGUCAAGCCAACAUGGCUGAGGGUCAGCUCAGAGUUGAUGCUAAUGUGUCCGUCCAUCGACCUGGUGAUCCUCUGGGAGUGAGAACAGAGGUCAAAAACAUCAACAGCGUGCGACACCUGGCCAAAGCCAUAGACUACGAGAUCCAAAGACAGAUGGAGGUUCUGCAGAGUGGGGGGACGGUUCUUAAUGAGACUCGCGCCUUUGACAGCAGAUCUGGUAACACUAUUCCAAUGAGGGAUAAAGAAGGUCUACAGGAUUACAGGUUCAUGCCAGAGCCCAACUUGCCCCCUCUGUACGUUUAUGAGAGUGAUGCCUGUGUGCCUGCAGAUGUUGACCCCGCCCAGGUUGUUGUGAUUGACAGGAUAAGGAACCAAGUUCCAGAGCUGCCACCUGCAAGGAGAGUGCGGCUUGUGGAGACAUACGGUAUCCUUCUAGAGCACAGCUUUACACUGGUGAAUGAGGAUGGCCUCAUGGACUACUUCGAGAGUGUUGUUCAAAUGACCAAGGCAGAACCAAGGAAGGUGAUUGGCUGGGUGAUGAAGGAGCUGAUGGGAAAUCUAAAUCUCCAGGGUAUGAAAGUGGCUCAGAGUCCAAUCUCUCCACAUGCUCUUGCUGAGUUAAUAAAUCUUGUGGAAUCUGGUCACGUCUCAUCUUCAGCUGCCAAGCAGGUUUUCCAGGAGAUGUGGAAGGUUCCAGAGAAGACAGCACGUCAAAUAGUGAAGGAAUUGGAUUUGGGGAUGAUAAAUGACAGGAAGGAGCUAUGGAGGAUCUGUCAGGGGGUUGUGGACCGUUAUCCCGAGGAGGUUCAGAUUAUCAGAGCAGGUAAUAAGAAAGUCCUGAACAAACUGAUGGGCGAGGUUCAGAGGGAAACCAAAGGCAGAACUGAUCCGGUCCAAGUCAGAGCCAUUCUGGAAGACAUGACAUUGUGAUGCCGUCUUAAAGGAGUAGUUUGCCUUCAAAAUGAAAAUUCUGUCAUCAUGUACUCCCCCUCUUGUCAUUUUAAACCUGUAUGACUUCUGCUGAACACAAAAGAAGAUAUUUUGAAGAAUGUUGUAAACGGCAUACCAUUCACUUGCAUUGGUUACAAUAGAAGUGCUGUUCUGUUCUGUUACCCACAUUUUUCAAAAUAUCUUCUUUUGUGUUCUGAGGAAGAAAGAAAGUCAAACAGGUUUGAAAUGACAAGAGAGUGAGUAAAUGAUGACAGAACUUUCAUUUUGAAGGUGAACUACUCAUUUAAGAACAACCCAGUGUGUCUAUUUGUGAUGCUGUGUACUGAAGCUUCACUCGAAAGAUGGAUGGAAUUUCCAUGUUUGCUUUCUAUAAGGGUAGGCUCACAGUUAAUAUUAUUGAAAUGAAUUUUUCCCAUAUGAUUGACUACACUGUUAAUAUUGGAAAAAUAUAUAAACAUUAUAAAAGACAACUGUUUAAUGAAA